AUGCAGGAAGGCCAACUGUUUCAGUCGAUGAUGAGCGUGAACUUUUUGACAGAUCGUCCCGUGUCGCCUAUCAGCUCUGCGUCCACUGCAGAGGUGACAGCGGGACAUGAUAUCUCGACAAUUAAUCGUACACUUGACGCUUCUUUCAUGUAUGACGACGGGGCACUGAUGGACUUCGAUUCGAAGCACUGGAUUCGGGUGACACGUCUGGACCCGAGCACAUCGAGCAAGACGUUGCGGCAAAUGUUUUACCCUUAUGGCGGUGAUGAGGCCUUCGUUAUAUGGGACAACGCGGUGGUUGGGUACGUCGGCUUUGACAACCACUUCAUGGCGGAGCUCGCUGUGGAGAAGAUGAAUACAUUCAUUCCUUGUCGCCAGGCGCAAGCUCUUUGCGUACGUCCUGCGUCGAUGGACGAAGUUGUUCUCGCGAGGAGCGCUGUUUCCUCAGGUCAAGAAAGCAUCGUUCCGCUCUUGUACUCGGAUUGUCCUAUCAAGUGCAUUGUGCAGGUUAUUGAGGGACACAGACAGCCAAGUUACUGCGCAAUGGAACUGGUUGAAGAGGUGAAGCGCGCGCCUCGCUCGUUGUUUGCUCGUGUUUCAGAAACUUUAAGCCAACUCAAGGCGAAUUCCUUCUUAGUUGAGGAGUUUCGGGAGGCCCUCGUUCGGAAUCUGCUUCUUCACAUUUUCGAGGAGGAUCACACAGAUACUAAGGCGAACUGUGGUGUGCUUCUUGGGGAACUCUUCUGUUCCGGUUUUCUGACCGGCGACCCCUUCCAAAUUGCCUCUGGCAUUCUCCAGCGUGGCGUGAAGUCCAUUGGGCAGAUUGACAAUGUGUGUGCUGUGGCGCAUGCUUGUGCGUCGUUGCCGUUUGCUAUGUCAAAGGCUUCUUUCUGGGCUCUGGUCGGCCAGUUGUCUCUACAAACUGAGGAGCCUCUGCGGUCCGCUCUGCGGGGGCACAUUCGCCGUUUCCAUCAAAGCACGGAGUUCAUUUCGCCCAAACCGACUGCUAACGCGCCGCUGCCAACGGCAGACAGAGCUGCGUCAUCAUUUCCAGGUUUGAAAAUGCGAACUGUGUACGUUUCUCACCUUCCCGCUUCAAUGCCUCAGCGCACUUUUAUGGACCUUCUAACUUCAUGUGGAGGUGUAAACAAAGUUCGCGUUUGCCGCGGGAAGGGUUACACAACCCUUUUUGCCUUCGUGGAGAUGGCCACCGCCGACGGUGUGGCGGCUGCUCUACGUCUCGGCCGAGCAAACGUUCUUGGCUGCAACAUCCGCCUGCAGAUGGCACGCAAUCCGAUUCAGGAUUCCCAGUCUGAUGAUGCAGUUAUUAACGCGAACGGUACAGUCGCCUGCGAAUGCCUCUUUGGACGUCAUGGGGGCACAUUGGGCGAUGUGGCAAGCGACAAGGGGUACUAA